AUGAAGAAGAACCUGGCGAGCGACGUCGGGAGGCGCUGGGCCGGCGAGCUCGACGCCCACAGGUCGCGGCAGAUGGAGCGCAUCGAGGCGCAGGAGAUGAGGGCCCAGCGAGUCCAGGAGCGCGACGGGGAGCUCACGGCCCGGCGCCGGGACCGCGAGACCAUCCGCAACAACAAGUGGCAGGCGGCCAUCAACUUGGCUGCUGAGCUGGAGUCGACACGUAGGCAGAACCUCCAGGCGCAUUUCGCGGUCCUCAACGAGCGCUGCCAGCAGUCCCUGGCGCAGAGGGAUCAGGCGCGCGACGCCAAGUGCCAGCAGCUCCGGGAGCACUUCCAGAAGGUGAACGACACAGCCGAGUGGAAGCGAAAGAAUGAAAGCCUGAAAGCUUGGGAGAAGGCGGAGUGGCUGCAGCAGAUGAUGAAGAGAAGCGACGAGCACCAGGAGGCGCUGCUGCACACUGACGGAGAAACAGAGUGGAGCCUGGCCAUCCUCGCCGCCUGGAAUGUCUCUGCCCGCGGUGGUUUGAUGACCCUCGGCGGAGACGGACUGCGCCAGGGCCCCCACCAGGAUUGCACCAUGACCCGGCCAGCCUGGCGCGUGGCAUCGUCCAUGAGCAAGCCCCACGUGGACGGCCCUUGGCCUGGCGGCAGCAGCGGCGCGCACGACGAGCAGGCGCGCGAGCAGCCGAUGCACAGGGUCUGGGGGCGGCUGGAGGGGCUGAGCGCCAGCGAGGGCAGCGGCUCCAGCUCCGGGCCACCUGAGCAGGCAGCGAGGGCGGCGGAGGUGCUUGAGGGCGUGCAGUUCUGCGACGACAGCAGCCGCAGCGACAGCUGCGAGCGGGGCGGCGUGGCGAGCGGAGGCGGCCGGCCGCAGGGCGCCCAGCGGGAGGGAUCCAGCCCCGCGGCGGGGGCCCAGCCGGCCUGGGGAGCAUCGGCGGCCGCGCCGUCGCAGGAGGGCGAGAGCUCCAGCAGCUGGGCUCCAGCGGGCAGGCCUGGCGGGGCUGCGGCCGGGGCAGCGGCGCCGGUGUGCCCGAGGGAGCUGCACGACAGCGGCCAGUGCAAGCCCUGCCGCUACUUUGUGAAGAGGCGUAGCUGCCCCGAGAAGGAUGCGUGCCAGUUCUGCCACCUGGAGCACGACACGGUUCGCCGGUUGAGGCCGUGCAGCUCGAAGCGCGACAAGUGCAAAAGCAUGGCCGACCGCUUGGCGUCCAUGGAUGAUGGCGUCAUGGACCGCAUGGACGAAAUCUCAGAGCGUUCUUCGCUGCAGGGUAGCUACAUGCGCAGCAUUAUGGCCUCUCGAUUGACUUCGCGGGGAGGCGAGCCCCCCGAGCAAGACGACUCGCGAUAUGAGUCAGCAGAAAGGUUUGCAAAGUCGUCUGCUGCGUGA